AUGGUUUCUAUUAACGAUGACGACAUCAAGCAGCUUAAACAACUAGCUAGCGACUUGCUCAUGCCUGAACUAGAACGUCAGCUGCAAGAAGACCCUUCGCUUAUCCCUAACAUGAAGGCACUCUUUAUUCUCACCAUCGUGAAAAAGAGAAAGCCCAUGGCUACUUGGUACUGCUUGCUUCAAGGAAAAGGAGUGAUGCCAGUCAUUACGGACGAUGAAGACGUAAUCAAGAAUACAAUGAAGCGCAAAGUCAAGGUCGUCAAGGUUGAAGUCGAGGAUAAGAACAUGGUCAAUCUUUUAACAGGCGGGUAUGCCGUGCGCGACAAAUACAAUAGUAAACUUUCAACUCACACCCCUCAAGGAUUAAAAGCUUAUAUGACUGGCAAGAUCAAGAUCCGUGGUGAUCUUUUGCUUGCACAACAACUUGAACAAGUCUUUGAGAAAGCCAAUGGGCGUAAGCGUGCCAUGACAUUCAUUAGGGAAAAUGAGCAAUUACGCGCUGCUCUUGCUGCUCGCAAUAUCAAGGCCAAGUUGUAG